AUGACUACAAAUUCUCAUUUGCAUUCAACACCAGAAACAAUCAAUCGAGAUACAUAUAUUGAUUCAUUCAUGGACUUUUCAACACCGAUGAGUACAUUAUCAAAUCGUUGGAUUUCUAAUACAACAAAAAUACAAUUGAAAGGAUUUAAUGAGGCAAUCUAUUCUGAUACUAGUAGUAUUCCGACUAUAAUCAAUAAUAAAAAUAUUCAUAAUUAUCAUAAUAACGAAACAGUAUUUGAUCAACUUUUACAAAAACUUAAUCAACAUGAAAGCAAUGUUAAUCAUACACAAAAUAACUUGCAUUUACUCAAUAGCCAUCUAUACGAAUUAACAAAAGUUCUAAAUCAAUUUAAAAGUUUAUUAAAUUACAAUUCUUCACUUAAAGCAGACACAGACCUUUUAGAAGCUCGUUUAUUACAAAUGUCAAUUAAACAAAAACAAGUUCGCAUAGCAAUAGAUAGUUUUCAGCAAUCCCCAACAAUACGUCAAGCACUUGAUAAUAUGAAUCAACAGAUUUCAUCGCGAAUAUCCAAUGCAACGGUGGCAACAAAUCCAAUGAUGUAUUAUAAUGAUCUCAUUAUGGCCGUAAAUUCAAGUAUAAAUCAAUCAGCAAAUUCAAUCGAACGUUUUCAUCAUGAACAAAAUCGUAUAAAACAUCGAACUGAAGAUUAUUAUACGAAACUUAGACAAAGACAAGAAUUACUCAUUCAAUUAGUUGAGAAAAUUAUUGAACAACAAAAAACAAGUGAAAAGUAUAUUGAAGCAAUAAAUAUUAACAAAUCUGAAUUCGAUAGUCAUAGAGAACAAUUAGCCGAAUUCAAUAAACUUACUGAAGAAUAUCAAAUAGUUCAAGAUGAAAAUCGAUCAUUGAAGCAUAAAGCAAAAGAAAAUAUUCAAAUACUUUAUAAUUCUAUUAAUCAACUCACGGAAUAA